AUGGCACCCCUUGACUACGCCGCGAUUCUGGCCCGUAAACUCAACCACCCGUUCACUGCCGCCCAGCUCCUUGCGCACUUUCGAGUAUCAGAGGCAACACAGAAGGCGAUGUACGACAUCGACAACAUGGUCUACCCGUCACCACAAGGUGCCGAGCAUGUUGCAGCCUUCCUGCGAACCGUGCCGCCCGCCUUCGAGAGCUCGCUGCGUACCCUGUGGAUGAGCCUCCAAGACAGCCAGUGCACUUGGGCAUGGGCAACCCUGACGCUCGUGGUGAAGAAAACCGCGGCGUACAUGCAGAACGGGGUGCCCUCCCCGGCCGACGUGGCCGCGUUCGACCCCGCAUCACCCAUCGCCAUGAACGGGAAGAAGCGGCUCAAGGCCACUGGCGUCCCGACAUGCAAGUUCGUCCCGACAUGCAAGUUCUGCGCGAGCAUCCACCAUUCCGUCGACAGAUGCCCCGAGAUAGCCUACAUCCGUGAUCUGGAGAACAUGGGAUACGUUGGGCGGCAAGCUGGGGCUCCCUCACCUGCGCCGACCGCUGAAGCAUCCAACUCGCGCAGGUCGUUGUCAGCCAUCCAGUCGCCGCCAGCGCUCGCACUGGCGUCGCCAAGUGCCGACCACACGACUCUGGACGUUGACGCCUUCCUCCGUGAGCCGUAUUGGGCGGAACUGGCCAAGAAACACCCGUUGCCCGACUUUGGCAAUGGACCGUGGUGA